CAGCUGUAGAGGCUCGCAGCCCAAAUCGCAAAGCAAUGUAUUCUCCGGCCAAGUCCUCGAAUGACCUCUCACCCCUCCUCCGCCUCCCCAUCGAACUCCGCCGCCAAAUCUAUACCACCCUCCUCCCCCACACCCUCGCCCUCGCCCUCCGCUACCAGCGCCCGCCCUCCCCCACCCCGCGCGCCGAAUACAACCUGACCUUCGUGCGCCAGCCCUCCUCCAGCGCCGGGUCCUGGAAGAUGCAAAAAACAUCCCCCAAAUCUGACCGCGAGACGGGCAACGACAUAGUUUGGCGGCGCGGUUCCACCUCGCUCUUAGCCGUAAACAAGCAGAUCCAUGAGGAGGCAGCAGACAUGCUGUACGGCGAGAACACGUUCGUGGUGGAUGUGACGUUUGACAAGAUCCUGUUUCGGUAUAGAUGGCGCGCGGAAAAUGGGUUGACGCCGAGCAGGCAGUUUGACUGGCUUGAGCAUUUUAGUCAGAGGAAUCUGAUGAGGGUGAAGAAGUACGUGGUGAAUGUGGAGAGUGUGGAUGAUUACACGGGAAUGAUCAAGUACAAUGUCGGGGGCAGGGGACUGCCUGCUGGUAUACGGGCGAAGGUGAGGGAGCUUGUGGAUCUGCUUGUGCUGGUAAGGGAGUUGAGGAGGCUGGAGGUGCAUUUGAUUGAUGGGGAUGUAAGCAGGCACAGAUUUCCUAGUGGAAGGGUGCAUAGGGUGCAGGACGAGAGCCACUAUACACAGACGCAGACGGUGUUGGAUCCGUUUAGGACGCUGUACGGGGUCAGGCAGGUGCAGGUCACGGGUGUGAGCGAGGAGUAUGCGAAGGCGUUGGAAACAAGCAUGGCUGCCCAGCGAGGAGCAGCACAUGCGUAAGAUAUCUUUUGGGUAUAUUGGUGUACAGCAACAUCCAUGCGCGCACCCACCCAGCCUGGUGACCGUACAUCCUGCGCCAGUAGAAGAUGAGAAAACCCGUGAACGCCAUGCUUUUGCCGGACCGUGAUGGAAACACUAUGCGAAGAGCACCUGGUCGCUGAGCGGGUCCUUCGCCUUCUUGACACCUCCGUGGGUUGUGAGGCCGAGGUCUGCGCGCCUGUUCCUUGUGUCUCUUUGAGCGUCUGUGCGGGUGUUGAAUCGGCCGGCCUUGGCCUUGAGCAGGUCUGAACGGAUCUGGUUGGGCGACACGAACUCCUU